AUGCCUGCUAGUCGAGUUAAUUUUUCUGAUAUUUCAAAAAGGAGGGUUACGCGUGCAAUGGCUAGGGAAUUUAACAUUCACCUGCCCGAUGUUGGUCCUUUCUCUCCUGCUGUUGUACGUCCUUUACCUGACCAAAGGACUAGGAACACUCGUUCUAACUCUAGAAGUCAGGUCGUGCGACGACAGGAUUUGAAUCGUCGCAUCAAAAAUGUGUACAAGCCUUUUAGUGUUGGUUUGCCAUUACCUCAGUAUAAUGGUCAACCAGUUCUUUUACGUCAGAAUGCUUUCAUUCUUGAUGAUGAUUGA